AUGCAACCGCAAUCUAUAGCGUUAUUACAACGAAUCGAUUAUGAUGUUGAACAAAUACUACAAAAGUUCCAACAUAUCUUUGAAGUAUCACGAAAUCAAGAUAAACCCAAGGAAUUACUCGCAGUAGAGUCCUUGACCAUCGAAUCUGAUGCAUUGACUAUCAUACGAUAUUGUGAAGAUUUAUUAUCCAUUUCUCGAGCUGUCAAAGAAACUUGGUGUUUAGGAACUUUAAAAGUAACGAAUGAAGACGAUAAAUUCAUUAACGAAAAGGAAUUAGAUAAGAUAUUCAAUAAAUUCAAUACUUUAACUGAUCAAAUAGCUCAAUUUCAAGAAAAAUCACAAUUAUCUACAGUAUAA